AUGCUGCUGAGAAACGCCUUCUCGAUCCUCUUCCUGGCCGGCGCCGGCUUGGCUCGGUUCGGACACACGGCGGAUCACCCGCAAGAUGCCCAGCCCGCCAGGCCCAGACGCUUCAUCCUGGAACUUCCACAGGACUCAGACUUGAACCGGAUCAGGUCCGACUUUUCGGCCUACUCGAGCGUGGGCAAAGUGUACAAGACGUUUAGCAGCGACGUCUUUACUGGCGUCAGUGUCGAGACGACGAGUGAGGGCGCUGAGGACCUUCGCAUCCUCUUUGGCGCGCGCAACGUGUGGCCGUCGAGGCCGGUGCAGAUGGCCCUCGCCGAGAAGGGCCGUACCUUCGGCCGGGACGUGUCCGCGGCUAAUUACUCCAUCCACGGCGCCACCGGCGUGGCGAGGCUCCACGAGCAGGGCAUCUUGGGUAAGGGGGUCAGAGUCGCCGUCGUCGAUUCUGGCGUGGACUACGACCAUCCUGCCCUUGGCGGGGGCUUCGGCGAGGGUUUCAAAGUCGUCGGCGGUUAUGAUCUUGUAGGCGGUACAGAGUGGCCGGUUGAGGGGUACUUCAAGAAACCGGACAGCGACCCCUAUGAGGAAAGCGAAAUAGGGCACGGCACACACGUUUCCGGCAUCGUUGCUGGACGAUCAGAUAGUUGGCAAGGCGUGGCACCUGAAGCCAGUAUCUUGUCUUACAAGGUCUUUGGGGCCGGAAAUAGCGGCGGCACGGACGAAGAAACCCUGAUCGAGGCCUUCUUGAUGGCGUAUGAGGACGGUGCCGAUGUGAUCACCUCAUCGAUUGGAGGCCGAGGAGGGUUCUCCAACAACGUCUGGGCCGAGAUCGCCUCGCGGCUCGUGGAUAGGGGCCUGGUCGUCACCAUCUCGGCGGGCAACGACGGCGCCGGCGGUGCCUUUCUCGCCGACAACGGCCAGUCCGGACGGAACGUGCUCUCCGUGGCCUCGACCGAGCCGGAGGCCGUCCCCGGGAUGCCGUUCGACGUGACGUUCGAGUACGAGAACGGCGACGUCAACACGACGCGCUUCGGCUUCUUCCACGGCAGCCUCGCCCACCCGUUCCCCGUCAACGCCAACGCCUCGGGCCUGCCCAUCACGGCCCUCUCGUUCGACCCCUACAACGUCACCGUCGGCUGCCGCUUCCUCGGGCCCGACGCGCGGAACCUGUCGGGAUUCCUCGUGCUGGCGCCCAGGGGAGGCUGCAACGGCGCCACGAAGCGGUACGCGCUGCAGUCCGCCGGGGCCGAGCAUGUCAUGCUCUUCAACGACGACAGCCUGUUCCCGCUGGAGGGGGACUACGCCACGUUCCGGGUCGAGGGCAUCACGGACCAGGCCGCGGGCGUGCAGAUCCUCGCGGCCCUCGAGCAGGGCGCCAACGUCACGGCCCGGUUCUUCGACAAGUCGCACGCGUCGUUGGUCAGCCUCCGGAACCCGGCCGUCGUCGGCUCCAAGUUCACCUCGAUGGGCGGGCUGUACGACCUCCAGAUCAAGCCGGACGUCGCCGCGCCCGGGUCCAACAUCUUCUCGACCUUGCCGAGCGGGAAGUACGGCCUCAUGUCGGGCACGUCGAUGGCGACGCCGUACGUGGCCGGCAUCGCCGCGCUCUACAUCGGCAAGCACGGUGGCAGGGCGACCCACGGCCCGGGGUUCGGCAAGAGGCUCUCGGCGCGGAUCCUUGCGAGCUGCGAGUCGGCCCGCUGGUACGACGGCAACAACAUGACGGACUACGGCGUCUGGGCGCCCGUCUUCCAGCUCGGGAACGGGCUGGUCAACGCGACCAAGGUGCUCGACUACCGGUCCGAGCUGUCCUUUGCCAAAUUCGCGCUCAACGACACGGUCAACUUCGUCCCGGAGCACUACGUCAACAUCACCAACAACUGCACCCGCCCGGUCACGUACAAGUUUUGUGUCCAGGCCGCGGGUGGGUACGAGGUCCUGGACGAGACCGCGGUGGCGUCCAUCAAGAUGGGGCCGCAGUACACGGCUUUCGUCCCGACGGAGGUGACACCCGUCCCGAACGUGACGUUCCCCGAGGGCGAGUUCGUCAUCGGGCCCGGUGAGACCAGGGAGGCGAAGUUCGUCUUUGCGCUCCCCAAGGGCCUCAACGGCACGGCGAUGCCUCUCUACAGCGGCAAGAUCCUCGUACACGGGUCCAACGGCGAGGAGCUGGCCGUGCCGUACAUGGGCGUCGCCUCAGACGUCCGCAAGAACUUUAGGAAGAUGUUUGUCAAGAACAGUCCCGCCAUGUACUCGGGACGGGGCGCGAUCCCCAUCCUGUACAAGUCCAACUUCACAUUCAAUCUCUCGUACUUUGAGCAGGACUUCCCGAAGCUCCAGGUCCGGCUCCGGUACGGCGCCCAGGUCCUCCGUUGGGACAUUUUCGAGGUCGACUGGAAGGAGAAGGAUUGGGGCACGUAUCCGCCAAUCCCUGGCAGAAACGGCUUCGUCGGGAUGGCGGCGACCUGGGUAGGCCUCGUCUUUCUUUUCAAGUCACUUCCUUACAUCAAAGUGCUGACUCCAGGCCAGGACAACGACAGGCACACGGCGUACUUUGACCCGGAUUUCCACGACGAAUUCGACCUCGUCAGGGGCCCGUUGACGGAGCUGUCGCGCGACGACUACAACUACCCCCCGUACGCGGCGUGGUGGCUGGGACGGUUGGCGAACGGCAAGAAGAUCAAGGCGGGGAAGUACACGUAAGUACAGCAUGUUUGGUAUUCGGGGACGGACUCGGUGUAAUGCUGUCUCCGAUGUCGACUGACACAUGACAGGAUGCGCAUCGCCGCGCUGUCUCCGUUUGGCGAUCCCACCAAGAGUGGCCACUGGGACAUUUGGAGACGCGACUUUGAGGUCAUUGGCAACCAGACGGAGCCUGAUGAGAGACGUCUUUUACCUGGCGGUGUAUCCGGGUUCUAGGGCUCGAUACCUUCUGCAGAGGUUGCCGUCGUCGCAGUUGGAGAUGAUGCCCAGUGAGGGGGGUGGAAGAACUGGCACACUUCCGUGCGGCGCAGUCGCCUACCACUGGCUGAGCUUAUCGCGGAAGAAGGUUGUGUUUGGCUGGGCGUUGGCUGUUCGUGUGUAAAUAAAAAAUUUCAAAGAUGGUGUUGACGUUGCGAUAUCCGCGUUCCAAAAUCCAGUGCGUAUCCUAAGCCUAGUAACUCGCCUUUAGCAACUCACCCAG